UAGUUUAGCUAGACUACGGUAUGACUGACAGUUUGCACAUUGCAUGCAUGCCACUGCCAUGCUGUGCACACGUAACCUAACUGUAUGUCAGUGUAUGACGACGUCGACGGCUUCCUACAGCUUCUUCUGACCCCCUUGUUUCCAGCUGGGAUCUAUUUUGCUGCUUAUUUGGCACUGUCGAGAUCUCAGAAAGAAUGAUAUAGUGCAUCGAUUGCCGUGGAAGGCGCUGUCGCAGACGAAUCCAUGCUAUGAACUCUGGCGAAACACAUCGCAUAAUUUAAUGUACCUAAAUACCGUAUGAUAACAUCAUUCAUCAUACCGAUACCGUCGAAUACAGUUAAUUACUUCUCUACGUUAGUGGGACGGGUUGCAGCGCAUAUAUGGGGUGGAAUGAUGGAGCUGAACUUGGAAUUUCAAAUGCUAGUGGGCUUUGAACCGUGGCCGUACCGGCGCUGCGGUCGCAGUGUCAGCAAAGGCAACACCGUGAUGGUGCAGCUGAAUGACGCCUGGUACCUGGGCUUUAUAGAGGACAUUGCCGAAGACCAGCAGCAAGUGUACGUUAAUUUCCGUUGCAGCGCAUUACCGGCCGCCUGGCUGCCCGCUUACCGCGUAUUCCCCCACCAUCUCUUCACGGAGACGGGUGGCAGCUUCCACACAGUCCUGGCGGCGCUGCGGCUGCGCAGCGACCCCAGCGCUCCGCUGCUCUUUCAGCCCGCCGCCGUUGUCGGCUUCUGCAGCGGGCAUGGGCUCAUGUGCUGCGUGCAGACCACGGCUGAUGCCGAUGCCGUAAGUCAGCGCCAUCUCCUGCAUCCGCUGCAGAUGGCCGCCAAGCAGCCGCCCCGUCGACCGCUGCUACAACCCCUCGCGUCGUCGCGCCAGGGCGUCUACACCGCCUACACGACGGACACGCUGGACGUGGCCCACGUCAACUGUAUCGAUGAGAAUCGGCUGCAGUUCGAGAUGAAGCGCGCGGUGUACGCUGCGCAGUGCCGUGCACUCAAUGGUCAACAGCGGCAGAGAUACGGCAGGAUCCCGGACACGCGCUAUUACAUGCGUCUCGACAGGGAUUGUGUUAAGUUUCUGAUUUGGCGGCGUCAGGAGGACGACUGCCCGUGGAGUGUGGAGAUGCUGACGGAAUGCGUCCGGCGCUGCUUGCAAAGUGGGGUGUUGGCCAACGAUCCGCUCCAUCGUAGCAUCACACGGACCCCGCCGGACUGCUGCGAUGCCCUUGCCCAGGUUAGCGGCGACAGCGGGGGCUUGACGCGUCUGCCGUUGGAAAUCGUGGAGAGCCUGCUGGAUGUGCUGGAUAUCGCCACUCGCUCCAGGGUACAACGGGUCAGUCCAGCCUGGCACGACGUGGCCACCCGUUGCCGCUCUGGACAGCGGCACUGUGUACUGGAUUUCGGCCUGCAUGUGCGCAGUGCUAACAAGCCGGACGAAAUGUACCGUCUGGGCCGGCUGAUAUACUACGGGCUGAGCCCUGGCGUGCGGACGCUGGUGCUGAGUCGGUGGCGGCCGGCUGAGCAUCGUUUGGCCGAGCGGAGCCAGAGCAUGGGCAGCAGCGACGUGACCGUCGUUCGGCAGCUGGUCAGAAUGCUCCGACCGGCAUCGCAAACGCCAGCGCCACUACAGCAGCGCAUCAUCUGCCACCGCUGCGUCGUCAGCGGCGAGCUGCCCACCCUCUGGUCGGAGGUCUGCGCAUGGGAGGCCAGCGCCGAUCGGCCAACCUUCUUUCCCCUCCACCACCUGUCGCCCCUGAUGGACGUGUGCAGCAGCCAGCUGAUCCUAGUUGAUUACGUCCAGAACGACGCUGUACAGGCCUUUCAUCAUCGGCGGCCCUUCUGGCACUCCGACUGGAGUCCCUUGACCGACGAGCCCUACCAGAGCCGCGACCCGGCGCCGCCACUGUCGGUGGCCGUGCCUUUUCUGCGUCUGGACAACGGCCAGGAUGCCGUCGCGCUUCUGACCAGUAUGCGAACGGCCAUGGAGACCGCCCUUCCGGAGCCGCCGGCGGAGGUGCGCCGGCUGGCCACGGACCUGUACGAGUACUGGCGUACCCGUGACACCUACUGGCACUUCCUCCGCCAUCUUCUAGUAGCCACGGAUCCGGGCGGACCGGCAUGGGAGCACGCCGACUUUCCCAACACACCGUUGUCGCAGCUGACCCGUUUAACCGUCUGGGCUCUGGACUCCAUGUGGUGCCCGUGCAGCAGCGCGGAUGCCGCCGCCGAAUCGCACUAGUAAUUUAAUUUCCAAUAUGCGAUUCCACAUUCUUAUCGUCAACGAAAUAGCAGUGCGUACUUAUGAUGAGCUGGUUUUAUGAGCGAUUUGACCAGCUGAUUUCGAUAAUAAAUGUACAAACAAUAAAACCAGGAAGGUAUUAACAAUUGCCGACAGAGUGGUGUUAAACAUGAAACAGCCCUUAUCUUUACUCCGUCAUUGUGAAAGAAAACUGUCCCGGAAUCCAACCACAGUGCAAACCAGCAAGCAGGCAAUAAUCCAGGAAGGUCGGAUUAAUUUGUCGGGAUUUUUCAUUUAUAGUUUACCGACCAUGUUCUAACGCCAAUGACGGUGUCGGUAACGUUAUCAGUUGCUUUGAUUUGACUUUCUGAUCUAACUGUUUCUUAUUGUAGGCGUGCGAAUUAUUGAUCAAAAUAUUUAAAAGGGUUAUA